AGCCGGAACGAAGCAAACCAGACCAAGAAAGCACAAGUGUGAACUUCGGCUAGUCCGAACCAUCAAAAAAUAUUUUUAAAAGUUAUUGCUGGACAAUAACUUACUGUUGAUCAGUCCAAGUUUUAGUCAAAACCUUUUUUGUUUCUACAACGAUGACCUACACAAAUUGCUACGAUUACAGCAACAUGUUGACAGCAACAAACACGGACGCGUUGGGAAGUUUAGGCAGCCUCGCGAAGGUUGCCACCGACCAACUGCUAGGAUGGACGGAUCCGACUGGAUUUCUGACAUCUCAGCUGAAUCAUCAGGCGAACCAGGCCUGCCUCGAAGACUUCACUUUCGACUCGUUCGGCGAGCAGACCGUGCCAGGAGAUUAUGACUUCACACCCGUCCCCGACAUUAAACAACAACAAGACAUAAAGCCCGAUAUCAACCAACUUAAGAGUGCGCAACGUUUAGACCAGUUUAAAACGCCAUCUCUCAUUGACGUGUUUCCAUCGACGACCACCCCACCGCCAACAUCGCAAACAUCACCCUACAAUUCCCCACCGCACAGCCUAUGGAACCCGGACCGAACCAUUUUAACUUCUCUCGUCAGCAACGCGAACCCUAUAAGCACCGCUACACCAUUGAGCAGUUGUUCAACGCCAGCUUCAAUGUCGCAGCCACCAGUAUCCUGUAGUCUACAAAACGUUCAACCGCAGCCCGCUGCCAUGCUACAGAAGCUGCAACAACAACAGCAGUUCUUUGAAACCUAUCAGAAGGUAACCCAAGCCGCCUCGGCCUUCCCUUACACGAAAGCGCCGUCGCUUUCAUCCCUCCCGUACCUUCAGGCAACAGCAACUGUUAACAUGAAGUGGCCAUUGAUCAGCGACCCUAACCUUAAACUAGACGCGAGCCUCGACAAGCUGUUGAACACCACAACAAACGAUUUCUUGAACAACAACAUGCUCAAGGUCCCCAAACCCGUUCCCACCACCAACAACAACAACAACGGCAUCCACAGACCCGUCAAGGCUGGCAGCGGCAUCUUGAAGGUUAAACGCGGCGACCAGCUCACGAAGCGAGCGAAAACGCCGCCGAGUGAACGACCUUAUGGCUGCCCAGUUGAGACCUGUUCUCGAAGGUUCUCUCGUUCCGACGAGCUGACACGCCAUAUGCGAACCCACACAGGACAGAAACCUUUCCAGUGUCGCAUAUGUAUGAGGAACUUCUCGCGUUCCGACCAUCUUACAACGCACAUCAGAACCCACACAGGCGAGAAACCCUUCGCGUGUGAUACAUGCGGCCGACGCUUCGCGCGUUCUGACGAGAGAAGACGCCACAUGAAGAUCCAUCUUCGCGAACAGGCAAAGAAAGAGGAAGAAGCGAAGAAGGCGUUGGCUGCCCAAAGCCAUCCUAACCUUGCUACAGUUCCCUCGCCACAAUUCCAAGUUCCUUCCCUUUCACCAAUGCCAAGACCCCUGUCCGCCUAGACACUGUGAAUCCUUAAAACAACUUAGUAAUAGCACCACAAAAGCGCUGGCGCUUUUCAAUAUAUACCACAAAGAACCUUAUAUAACGAACAAUUUAGCACGUAGAGAAACACGUUUGUAUAUUAUUUAAAUAGUAUUUGAGAGAUGAACGUUUUAGGCUGGUCCUAAACAUUGUAUAUAUUUGUCGUUGAGAAGAAGAUCGCGAUAAUCGAUAAAGUGUGCAACAGCGUAUAGUUGAGUUGAUCCUGUGGAAUCGGGAUUUAAACGAGACGUUUACAGAAGCGGAGUAUAUUGGCCGUGCCACGCUCUCGCUUCGUAAUUUAUAGUAUAUUUUGAUUUCAAAAAUGUCGAGGCCGACUUGCCUCUAGUAUUUUUUGUUUCCAUAAAGAAAAAAAAAUAACCAAAUUAAUUUUUUUACUGAUUCUCGAAAUAAAAUCGCGAACGCAUUGAGCAGCUGUGUGUGAGAGCUGACGUGUCAUCUUCCCCGAAGGGCGAAGAAGAAGCUUGUCAGUGUGAAAUUUUCACCGCAAUAUUGGUGGUGUUGUAUAGAGCGCGUGUGGAAAUUUUGCAUCGACGGAUUUUCGUUGAGUGUAAACAUCAAAUAUCGAGUGAUUUUUAAAGCUGGGUCGAAAGCGAAUUUCCCACAGCGGUUGAAUGUGUAAAAGAACCUGUAGAACGGCGCUUUAUUUCGUUUUUGUUUUCUAAUAACCAAUGUACUCUAACAAUGUCUCGCGCCGGUUUGCGAAGCAUUAAAUAUGUAUUGUAAUAUAUCCGUGGCUGGCUCCUUGAAUAUAUGUAACUUUGAGUGAAAAAAUACAGCAUUUUGCCCAAA